AUGCCCAUCACCCCGGCAAACCUAGCGGCUUCCGUCGUUACCCCGUCUCGGAGCAAGAGGAGACGGGAAGAGGAUCUAGACCAGGAGCCAGAGUGGCAAGAAUUUUCAUCCGACGAAGAGAGGGAGUUCUUCGCCCUUGCCGAUAGCGCCGUCAAACCCACCAACGGCUCUGCUGGACCCCUGGAUCCGCUAUCUAGCCCUGCCGUCGCUCGAACCCUCACCGUCGAUGGCCUCUCUACACCGGUGACGAAUCAAAAGAUGGCCGCCCCGCCUCCCGUCCCCGUCCCCGGCCCCGUCCCCGGCUCACUCGCAGCCAAGCGCCAAAGGAUCCAGCCAUCUCCCUAUGCGGCGUCGAGCUCUCGACUGCAGUCCGCCCCUCACCUCAACCGUGGUCAAGACCCAGCGGCGCCCGGCGACCAGGACAUCCUGGGCCCCGAGGAAGCCGAGAUCACCGGCAUCAUGGCCCUGCUCAAGACUCACAACUCACCUCCCGCAGUUUGCAACGCCGUGCGAUCCACAUUCGAUAGAUUCGCCAUGAGGAUAGCCUCGGCGAGGACCGAAAAGAGGUUGGCCCAGGCCGCGGUAGAAGACAGGGAUGAGAGGAUCGCCCGGCUGCAGGCGAAGUUGCGGGAUCUGGAAAACUCCGUCCGCGAGCAGCGGGAGGCCCGCGCGAGCACGAGGGGCCUCCUACUAGAGAUGUACCAAAACAUAUGA